AUGGACAUCUGUGGAUUAGGCAAAGGAGGGUUUGAGGUCAGGAGGUCAGAUCGUGGAUCCUCUGGGGAGCCUCAACAACCUCAUGAUGCUGACGAGGCAGAGAAGAGUCUCUCCAGAUCAGAACUUCUCAAGAAACACCAGCAGAGACCCUCAGGGAAGAUAAUUCACCGCUCUGACUGUGGGAAGAGAUUCACCUCAUCAGCAGGCAUUCAAAUUCAUCAGAGAAUCCACACAGUAGAGAAACCUUAUUGCUGUACUCAAUGUGGGAAGAGUUUUUAUACAUCUAGCCAUCUUAUUGUACACCAGAGAAUACACACAGGAGAGAAAUCUUAUAGCUGUGAUCAAUGUGGGAAGAGUUUUAUUCAGCUAAGCAACCUGAUAUCACACCAGAGAAUACACACAGGAGAGAAACCUUAUAGCUGUGAUCAAUGUGGGAAGAGUUUUACUCACGUAAGCACCCUGAUAUCACACCGGAGAAUACACACAGGAGAGAAACCGUUUAGCUGUGAUGAAUGUGGGAAGAGUUUUGCUAGGUCGAGCAAUCUGACUCGUCACCAGAGAACACACACAGGAGAGAAACGUUAUAGCUGUACUCAAUGUGGGAAGAGUUUGACUCAUUCAAGCAGCCUGAUAUUACACCAGAGGACACACACAGGAGAGAAACCUUAUAUCUGUGAUCAAUGUGGGAAGAGUUUUACUAAGCUAAGCAGCCUGAUAUCACACCAGAGGACACACACAGGAGAGAAACCUUAUAUCUGUGAUCAAUGUGGGAAGAGUUUAACUAAGCUAAGCAGCCUGAUAGCACACCAGAGAAUACACACAGGAGAGAAACCCUAUAGCUGUACUCAAUGUGGGAAGUUUUUUUUUACAUCUAGCCAUCUGAAGAUACACCAGAGAAGACACACAGGAGAGAAAUCUUAUAGCUGUACUGUAUGUGGGAAGAGUUUUGUUCAAUCUGGGGGACUGAAGAUACACCAGAGAACACACACAGGAGAGAAACCUUAUAGCUGUAGUCAAUGUGGGAAGAGUUUUGUUACAUCUGGGGAACUGACUGUACACCAGAGAACACACACAGGAGAGAAACCCUAUAGCUGUACUCAAUGUGGGAAGAGUUUUGUUCAAGCUAGCCAUCUGAAGAUACACCAGAGAACACACACAGGAGAGAAAUCUUAUAGCUGUGAUCAAUGUGGGAAGAGAUACUCUGAAAAAAGAUCUCUGAUCAAACAUCAGAAAAUACAUACAUGA